AUGGUGAAGAGAGGAGCUGACACUCUCGUGGCAAAAAUAAUUCCAUUGGGAGCUGGUCAGGAAGUGGGCCGUUCAUGCGUCAUCCUGAAGUAUAUGGGAAAGACGGUCAUGUUCGACUGUGGCGUCCAUCCUGGCUUUUCUGGAGAGCAGUCGCUGCCCUACUUUGAUUCCAUUGAUUUGGACAGUGUAGACCUGAUGCUCGUCACACAUUUCCACCUUGAUCACUGCGCGGCUGUGCCGUAUGUUGUCGGCAAGACGGUCUUCAAGGGGCGCAUUUUCAUGACACAUCCAACAAAGGCAAUUUUCGGGAUGCUGCUCAAAGACUCAGUCAAAGUGAGCCGGGGCGCCACGGAUGCGGGGCUCUACUCUGAGAAGGAUGUGGAGGCGGCCUUGGAACGCACAGAGCUCCUGGACUUUCACCAGACCAUUGAUGUCGAUGGCAUCAAGGUCACAGCGUGGAGGGCUGGCCAUGUGCUGGGUGCAGCCAUGUUCAUGGUGGAGAUUGCCGGCAUGAGGGCGCUGUACACUGGGGACUAUUCACGCCUGGCUGACAGGCACAUGUCUGCUGCUGAUCUGCCUUCUCCACCGCCCCACAUAGUGAUUGUGGAGGCGACCUACGGCGUCUCGCGGCACCUGCCCCGUGAAGGCCGUGAGCAGCGCUUUGUCAACAUGAUCCGGGCAGUGGUGCAGCGUGGCGGCCGAUGCCUGCUCCCUGUUGUGGCCCUGGGCCGCGCACAGGAGUUGAUGCUCAUUCUGGAGGACUACUGGGACAGGAAUGCAGAUCUGCGUGGAGUGCCCAUCUAUCAGGCAUCCGGCCUGGCGCGCCGAGCGCUGGGCAUCUUCCAGACAUACAUUGCCAUGAUGAACGAUGACAUCAAGGCCGCGUUUGGCCAGAGCGCGAAUCCGUUCAACUUCAAAUACAUCACGGAGCUGAAGACCCAGGGCGGCCUGGAUGAUGUGGGUCCCUGCGUGGUGCUGGCCACGCCGUCCAUGCUGCAGAGCGGCCUUUCCCGGGAGCUAUUUGAUGCGUGGUGCGAGGACAAGCGCAACGGCGUCAUCAUUGCGGACUUCGCUGUCCAGGGUACUCUUGCGCGUGAUAUCCUGGCCUCCCCCAGUCAUGUCCUCACCAAAGCCGGCGCCAAGGUGCCGCUGCGAAUGAGCGUUGAGCACAUCUCCUUCUCCGCGCACGCAGACUUUGACCAGACGUCGCAGUUUGUGGAGCUGCUGGACCCGCCGCAUGUCAUACUGGUGCAUGGGGAGGCCGUGGAGAUGGGGCGCUUGCGCAAGGCCCUGGAGCAGCAGGCCGUCGCCCUGGGGCAGCGGCGCCUGCUGUACACGCCCAAAGUCUGCCAGCCUGUCCACAUCAGGCACCGCCCUCAGCUCAAAGCCAAGGUUGUCGGGAGCUUGGCGGACAAGAAUGCCCAGCCGGGGAAGCCGCUGGCUGGGUUGCUGGUGCAGCAGGGGCAGAACUGCAUGCUGAUGGCGCCGCAGGACCUGCCCACCUUCACCAAGCUGCACCCCGGCCGCAUCAUCCAGCGCCAGGUCCUGCACCUCAACCAGCCCUGGCCCGAGCUGCGGCUGGCACUGGAGGUGCUGAUCGAUGGAGUGCAGGGCGCGGGUGACCUGGGGUCUGUCAGCAGUGGCGAUGCCUCGGGGGAGUCGCUGCGCGUCGCAAACACCGUCACCCUCACGCACCGGCCCCCAGACUCGGUGGUCAUGGAGUGGCAGGGCGACCCUGUCGGGGACGCCAUCGCAGACACGGUCAUUGCAGUCAUCCUGCAGUCUGGAAGUGAGCCGCCAGCCGUGAGCAGUGCGGAGGUGAAGCGCCGCAAGUGCCUCCAUAUGGGGGACUUGGAGGGCGCGGCAGCCGCUGAAGUGGCCCUGCUGGUGGCUGUGCUGGAUGCCCAGUUCGGCAAGGCGCAUAUUGAUGCAGACCAGGGCCUCAUCACAAUCCAGGUGGACGACAGGCAUGUGGCCGUGGAAUGCAAGACCGGCAAAGUGGAGUGCGCAGAUUUUGCCCUCAAAGCCCGUGUUGAAGUGGCUAUCAGCCGCCUCAUGGAAGCGCUGGCGCCAGCUUCCCUUCAAGAGUAG